AUCGGGAAAACGAUGGGAUAAGUCAGUUUUGGUCAACUGUGCAAUUGCUAGAUUGUAAACAGACUGUCAGUUUUGGAAGCAGCAGUUAUAUAGUUAAUGGGUAUAGAUUUCUAAGGACAUAUCCUGUAACCUCUCUGUGUGUGUCCUUGGGACUGUAAAGGAGUAAACCUGCAGGUUUCAUCAGCUUUUUUUUCUUAAUGAGUUUUGGUGAUGGUUUGGCUGUCUCUGCUUCACAGACUAAGAAGGGUUGCUCGGCUGCUAACCACGAAAGUCGCUGUCUGUGAGGAUAUUCCUGUGCACAGAGGUGUCUAUACGAUUGCUCCCUUAUGAUGCAGAUACAUCACCCUGGGAAUCGUUGAAGCUGUUUCAUGCAGGAGGCAUUGCUGAGAUCCCGGUUGCAGCAAUGGACUUGGAUAAACCAUCCGUCUGGGGAUCCUUGAAACAGAAAACUAGACCGUUCCUGCAAAACCUAAGUGUGAAGAAGCCAAAGAAGAGGUCUAGCAAAAUGGUGGAGAGGAAGGUCCACUCCUUGGACCGACGCCUCAGUGUGUCAGUACCUGACAUGCUGGAGGUGGAGACUCUUACAGAAGAAGAAACAACUUACUCGAGUACUCAGGUGUUGUCGAGCUGCUCCCCCAAGAGCUUCUCCAGGUCUGUGGUGUCCCUGAAAAGCAGAAGUGCUUCAGCGAGGCCAGCGGGAGAGGACUGGCUGUGGGCAUCGCAGCAGGUGACACGCACGGAGGUGACAGUCGCCCACCCAGAUGUGCAAGUUUCAGGCAGCCCUGUGUCUGAGGGGAAGAGCGAAACCAGCGAUGACCUCUUUGAGCUGCUGCAGAGCAGCCGCCUGAGUGCCGCUCUGACGGAUGAGGGGGCAGAGUAUCCGUGUGGAGACAUGGAUCUAGAUUCUUCCAUAUCAUCUCAAAUUUUUGAUGAUCAGAUGGCUCUAGAGGAAGCAAGCGAUUGCCUGAGCGACCUGCCCAGCCCCUUUGCCUACCUGCUGACCAUCCACCUGAAGGAGGGCCGGAACCUGGUUAUCAGAGAUCGCUGCGGUACAAGUGACCCAUAUGUGAAGUUUAAACUGAAUGGGAAAACUCUAUACAAAAGUAAGGUAGUCUACAAGAACCUCAACCCAGUUUGGGAUGAAACUGUAGUGCUGCCUGUACAGACCCUCAAUCAGAAACUCUGGAUCAAGGUGUACGAUCGAGAUUUAACCUCUUCAGACUUCAUGGGUUCGGCAUUCGUAGCACUCGCUGAACUUGAACUCAAUAGAACUACUGAACAGGUUUUAAAACUGGAGGAUCCCAACAGUUUAGAAGAUGAUAUGGGAGUGAUUGUAUUAAACUUGAGUCUAGCAGUGAAGCAAGGAGACUUCAAGAGAAAUAGAUGGUCAAGUCGGAAGAAGCGAACUUCAUCCAAGUCCAGUUUCAUGCGGAGCAUGCGACUCUCUGACUCCUUGCGCAAGAACCAGUUGUGGAACGGGCUGGUCACCAUCACUCUUUUGGAGGGGAAGAACAUCCCUGGAGGAGGCUUGGCAGAGAUUUUUAUUCUCCUGAAACUGGGAGAUCAAAGAUACAAGAGCAAGACACUGUGUAAGAGUGCAAAUCCUCAGUGGAGGGAACAGUUUGAUUUUCACUACUUCUCUGACAGGAAGGAUAUGUUGGACAUUGAGGUCUGGAGAAAGGAUAACAAAAAGCAUGAGGAGCUUUUAGGAACGUGCCAAGUUGACAUUCAUGCCCUGCCGAUGAAGCAGACCAAUUGCUUAGAGCUGCCUCUGGCAAAACAUCCAGGGUCCCUGCUAAUGUUGAUUGCUGUUGCCCCGUGUACAGGCGUGUCUAUCUCUGAUCUGUGUGUCUGCCCUUUGGGAGACCCCAGCGAACGGCAACAGAUUUCACAGCGCUAUUGUAUAAAGAAUUCCUUUCGGGACGUGAAGGACAUUGGUUUCUUACAAGUCAAAGUGUUAAAGGCAGUGGACCUCUUGGCAGCAGAUUUUGCAGGUAAAAGUGAUCCUUUCUGUGUAUUAGAGCUGGGAAAUGACAUGCUUCAAACGCACACUGUUUACAAGAACCUCAAUCCAGAGUGGAACAAAGUUUUCACAUUCCCUAUUAGAGAUAUUCAUGAUGUUCUGGAAGUGACAGUGUUUGAUGAAGAUGGAGAUAAACCCCCUGAUUUUCUUGGAAAAGUUGCCAUCCCUUUGCUGUCUAUUAGGAAUGGUAAAAGAAGUUGUUACACACUGAAGAACAAAGACUUGGAUCGUGCUUCAAAAGGAGUAAUUUACUUGGAGCUAGAUGUCCUAUUUAACCCUGUAAAAGCAAGUAUUAGAACAUUCAAGCCCCGGGAAAAGCGCUUUGCUGAGGAGAACCGCAAAUUUUCUAAAAAGAUCUUAUCAAGAAAUGUUGAUCGUGUGAAAAAAAUCACCAUGGCAAUAUGGAAUACAAUACAAUUCCUUUGGAGCUGCUUUCUCUGGGAGUCCACGGUAAAGAGUGUGAUAGCGUUUGUGGUAUUCGUGGUCACCGUCUGGAGCGUGGAACUGUACAUGGUGCCCCUGGCUCUGCUGGUGCUCUUUGCCUACAACUUCUCCCUCGUUGCAACUGGGAAGGUCAACAACACCCAAGAUGCCCAGGAACUUAUGGGCUUGGAUGAAGAUGAGGAUGAAGAUGAUAAGGAAUCCGAGAAAAAGGGGUUAAUUGAGAGAAUCCACAUGGUCCAGGAGAUCAUCAUAGCUGUUCAAAGCAUCCUAGAAGAAAUAGCAUCAUUUGGAGAGAGAAUUAAAAACACAUUCAACUGGACAGUGCCUUUCCUCUCUGUCCUGGCCUGCUUAGUCCUGGCAGCAGCAACAGUUAUUUUGUAUUUUAUACCACUGAGGUAUAUUGUUUUAAUCUGGGGCAUAAAUAAAUUCACUAAGAGGCUUAGAAAUCCCUAUGCCAUUGACAAUAAUGAGCUACUAGAUUUCCUCUCCAGGGUACCAUCUGAUGUUCAAAAGGUAGGUAAUGAAUGGCCACCGCCGACAGAGGCAGCAAGCGGCACUGAGAGCGGCUGGGUGCUCUGCUUGGGGACUACGAUGCCAGUGCACUUUUGAAUAAUGGAGAUAAGGAAUUGGGGAAAAUCCAUGAAGACUGGCGUGUAGGGGGUGGGGGGUGUUAGAAGAGAGGGGAGCCAAAAUCCUUUGUCAGAAGGAUAAAAUGAUUGCAGAAAAAUUAUCCUGAAAAGACCUACUUAAAAAUGAUCUGGAAAAUCACCCAGUGUGGUUACUGAACUAUGGUUUCUGUCGCCUUUCUGCUCCGGUAUUUGUACAGAGGAGAGAGAAAAAUAGUCUUUUUGAUAGAGAUAACCAUCCGAAAGGAUUUGCUGAAUUCUCCCUUUUCUCAAAAUGGAGGGGGGAGCAGGCAUCAUUUCCAUGACUUUGGCAUGCUGUAUUUUUUUUUCACAUCAGCUGUCCCUCAAAAUUCUUCCUCCCCACCCACCUUGAGCUCCAGGCCUCCCUUGGAGGAUGCUCCACUCAUCUUUUUCUUUAAAAAAAGCCUCCACGGUUGAUCAGAUCAAUCUUCUACCAUUAUGGAAUUAUAACUUUUAAUCUAACCAGAAUCCAUCCUCCCUCAAUUUCAGUCAAGUCUCGUUUCUUCUCCUAUUUCUUUUAAACAACAACACUGUCUACAGUAAUCUCGCCUAUCUUCCUGGAAAUUAUUUGAACAAUAAGUCCUUUAGAAUGUCAAGAUCUGUUUAUUUCUCUUGGAGGAAUGAAGAUAGCCUCGCUGGGUAACGAAGCCACACAAUAUAAAGGUUUCUUUCUUUUGUUUUAAUCAACUGGAAUCUCUGUCUUCAGGCCCUGAUCCCGAUGCCCUGGAUCACACGGACAUUGUGCCUUCCUCUGUGCAUCAUGGUACUUGCACAGGGAGGUGCUGCUCACUGGGAAUACGGGGAUGACAAUCUCACCUAUAGUGGUUUUACUCUGUUGGAGACAGAAAAAUAAAGGCUCACAUGCAGUGUCAAGGCAUCUGGUAGAAAUAAGGUUGGAAGACGCUUCUGGUGACAUUUCUCUCAAGAGGCCACCAGAUUGGUUGGUGGCAGCACUAAUAACUUGAGAGAAAUCUCACCAUAGACGGGUGGGAGGAAAAAAAGCUGAACAGAAAUGAUCAUAAGAGACAUUAAGCUUCAGUGUAUUUUUAUUUUUUGUCAUUGCUCUUGUAGAGCACACUAGAUUCGCAGUGAUGGUUUGCAUAUGCCCUUUUAGUGUUUAUGUUUAAAGAUAAGCUGCUUUUCUCUUCAUGCUUUAUUUAACAUUUACAUUUAUAACAUUUCCUUGAGUGGUUUCUGUCAUUCUGGGAUCCUUUGAGCUCUCCACAGAAAAUGAUAACCAUUUCUAUGGGAGGAAUGAUAAAAGUACCUAGGGUGGGACAAAACUUGUCAGAGUUUUCCACUAGUGCUACAAAUAGUGAGCCUGUGUGACAGCCACACGCUCUCGUGAAGUCAUCCAUGGCAGCUCCGAAGUCUGCUUCGUUUACGUGCUAUCAAUGCAUCAUCAUUUCACUGUGGUACUGCAGCGAAAUUACCUCUGUCUGUCCCUUAGCCAUUUACAACCCGCAUGUGUUGGAUGAAGGACAGAGGAGUAAAAAAGAAGGCACAUUCAACAAAAGUUUCCCCAUGAUUUCGAUGGGAAUGCUGUUCUGUAGCACAGCAGACAAUUUGGAGAUUACACCAUCCUUGUCGGUUUAUCGCACAUGUUUUAACCAUUAUAUUUUAUAAGAAAUUGUUUUGAAAGGUGGAGGCAGCUUUGUCCAGGUUCUGUUUGGGAAAAUAUUUUCCUUUUAAAAAAUUAUUAAAGAUGUCAGCAUCCCAAGGUCUGUGUACGGUUUUGACAACUGUCAUCUUACUGCAUAUUGGGAUCCACUUGAAACUCCUGAGAGAAGUUUAUUAAACUUAUAGGUUAAUGCCAGAAAGAGAAGAAAAACAAUUUGCAAACCAAAACAAACCCCAAAGAUCUAGCCUACAUUGCUGAAAUCAGGUAGAACCCCAUGUAUCUCAUUAGAAAAAUCUGCUUUUAAUAUUUUCGUUUCAAGAAAUGAUGCAUGACUUCUCAAAUCCUUCCUGCAAUUAAUCCCCCAUGUUCCUGUGUUUAGAAAAUGAUUCAUUACUUUUGAACCUUCCUUAGUUUCCCUUGGUUUGUCCUCGGGGAGCCAUUAACACACACUGUAGUGAGCUAGAGUUACCUAACUGCAGACGUCAUGUCUAUUUGUUUUUACAGGUGCAGCAUGCUGAAUUGAAACCAUACAGCAGCUCCAGUCCCAUUAGGAAAAAGCGGAGUGCGCUAUAGGAUGCGGCGUGAUUUCGGAAUGAAGCAUCUCCCUACACACCCGCUAUGCGUGUACACGUGCUUCCCCCCCUCCCUUCUUCUUGCUUCAGAACAACACUAUAAUCACCACCACAGACUUUUUUUUUAAAAAAAAAUAAAUCUUUUUUUGAAGACGUGGUUUUUGACAGACACCUAUCUUGGGUUGUCUUUUUGGGGUUGUCUUUUUGGCACGGUGUUGUAGCCCAAAAGACUCAAGGUGGAAUGUAUUAACUAGUUUGUGGGGUGGGGAGGAGAAUGGGAGAGGAUGGUGCAACUGCACUUUUUUUUUUCUUAGAUUUUUCUUUCUUUUUUUUUCUUUUUUCCGCCCCUCCUUUCCCUUCGAUUGCAGAAGCAAUGCUGGAUGUGGCAGCACUCCCUGUUUUAUGUAGGAAGAGAUAAUUCCGCUUAGUGUAGCAGAUCAGCUGAGCUGAUGUGAGGAGAUGCUCUGAACCAGUUUUUAACAUAUCCAACAGAUUUACAUUAAGAUAUGAAAGCUAUUCUUUUCUGAGUUAAAUCACUGUGCCUAGAAAGGUUUAAGCUCUGAAUUAACGAGUCUUUGAUACCCAUCUUCUGUUCAAGCAGUGUACAUUUUAAAAAGUUUUUUAUCAUAAUUAGCAGAAAGAGCUAGGAGCUCCAACGGUAUCUCAGUAUUUCAUCCAGCACUUGUGGGUUUUUCUUUUUCCUUUUUUUUUUUUUAAUUUUCCCCUUCUCUUUUUUAAAGCCCACCCUGCGGUUAACUCUUUGGAUACUGGAUUCAUCAGGGAACCAUUGCUGGCAAUGGAUGCAUGAGAACCUUCUGCUGUGAAAGGAUUAAGAGACUGUAGAAAAUCCUAACUCACUGACCUGAAAAAGACUCUGUUGACUUGCCUUUUGUAAUUCCAUCUCAUCAGAUAUUUUCAGCAUAGCUGUUGUUUUCCUGUCUAAAUCCAGAGGGGUCAACACUACAGAUCCAAGAGAAAAAAAACACUUUGUAGCCUUAAAGAAACAAGUGCUUGUGCAGAAAGAGAGCAUGGUGCCCAAAGAUAUGGGUGUGCAAUAGUGUGCAGGCUUUGGUCCACCACUGGUGUCUUGUUGGAGUCUUUCCCGGUGGCUCGCAAGGACGGGAUCAGAAAGUGCAGUCAUAUGGAAACCGAGUAAUGAAGAGACAGAAGAAAGGACCCUGUUUUCUGUUCAAGGAGAAUGUGAUUUCUUGCUUGUUUACCAGUCUUUUAGCUAUUGUGCUUUUGCUUUAUAUAAUUCAGAUAAACAGCAUUAUUAGUGUUACUUAACUGGGGAAACUGAAACACAGAAUUAUAUGUAAAUCUGCUUAACUUUGGUGACAGUCCUUGGUCCUUUAGCUGCUGUAGGACACUGGGGGAGUGACUUGCCACCACAACAAGUCACUCAUAGUGUGAAAGCUGGAGUGGCUUCUUGUGAUUCCCAAGCUGGGCAUACCACCAGCAUCCCCUGGGGUAGGUCACUGUACAAAGAAAUUGAGAAUCCCGAGAGACAGGUUUCUUUUUAACAAAAGACUUUGAAAGCUGUCUAAUUAAAGGUAAAACGGGUAAAACCUUGCUUCUGAGUCGGCGAUCCAAAUGGAGGUGCGCUCUGUGCGUUCAGUAAUGCAGUUCUGAGGGCCUGUUGCAUGAAGCUGAAGGAGGAAAAGUAACACCCGAGUAUCUUCCACUGGAUUAUUAGCCAGAUUCAGUGAUUUUUCAAGAAGUUUACUUUUCAAAGUAACAAGCCCACUGUGCUUUUGACUAAGGAGAAGUGCGUUUUCAUAGACUUGAUUGGAUAAAGAAUGCAUUUUGCUCAUGCAAAGCUGUGUGUAGCUGCAAAUGAAAAGAUAGAAAAAAGAUUAUCCUGGUUUAAAAAGCCACAAAAACGUCUCUUUGUGUGCACGUGUGCUUGUGUAUCCAUGCGUAUAUGGGGUUGUGUAUAAAGAAGAGUACAUGUAUAAUGUAUUUAUAGGCGCGUGUGUGUGGGAAAAUGGGUGACUAUACAGAUUUAAAAACCUUGAAAAUGUUUAUGGAAAAUGCCAAAGAUUCUAAAGCUUAUCAGCUUGCGUCUGUUCUUCUUCAUUUUGUAUCUUUCCCGGCAUGUCUCUCUGGCUGAGCCAGAUCUCUGCAUGAUUUGAUUUACUUCAAGUUAAUGAAGCUAGUUGGAAAAAGCCUUGUAGAAAUUAUAAAAUCUCCAGUAAAUCUCCUUCUUGUACAUACAAUAGAUGUCCACGGACCCCUUUUGUUAAACCAGUUUCUCAAUCUUCUGUGUAAACAAUGCCUCAUUGUCUCGCUUUAAACUAUCAUCUGGUUUAUCAUACUGCAGUCUUGUCAUUUUGUAAGGACCAAAGGCAGACAUAUUUAAGGAGCCAUGUGAGAUCUGAGCAUUGAUUUGAGUGGAAACAUCCAACUGCAGGGAAAAUUGUUUAUUUAUUCAGAGGCUGGGACUGAUACUUUAAUAGGUGUUUGUUUUUUUUUUUUUUUCUUGUAGAUUUUUCCAUGUGGAACUGAUUUCUGUUCGGGAGACAUGGUGCUGUCCUUUUUUGGUUUGGUUGAUUUUUGUUUUUUUGUGGUGUUUUUUUUAGUGUAGAUCUGUUGUGUUUCAGAACAAUUUGUAUUUGAUUGUUAUGCUGGAGACAUACCAAAUGAAGGGGUUUGGAUGGUCCAGUACCGAUAUGUGCUGUAAUGAGCUCUUCGUUUUGAUAAGUGCUGUUUGAAAUGCAAUAAACAUUUGCGGUUAAGCUGCUGGUUUUAAUUUAUCUGGA